AUGGCAGACUUUGAUUUGUCCUUCAUCCCAGCUCUCUACACCCCAUCAGCCUUACUACCCAUCGCUAGACACAAGAAGAGUCUUCUGUAUACCAUCGAAACUCAUCAGGUGACAAUCCUGGUAGGUCAAACAGGUAGUGGGAAGACCACUCAGCUUCCUCAAUUCCUUCAUCAGGCAGGCUGGACAUCCGGAGGGAAAUGUAUUGCUGUAACUCAGCCAAGAAGAGUCGCUGUCACUACAGUGGCUACUCGAGUCGCCGAAGAGCUCAGAUGCCAACUCGGUGAUGAAGUGGGAUAUUCCAUUCGAUUUGAGGAUGUCACAUCUGCAAAGACCAGGAUAAAAUUCCUCACAGAUGGAAUGAUUCUUCGAGAGGCAUUGAUAGACCCUCUUCUAUCGAGAUAUUCCGUUAUCAUGGUUGAUGAAGCCCAUGAGAGGUCAUUGAGCUCUGAUAUCCUGUUGGGGCUCCUCAAGAAAAUCAUCAAGCGGCGCCCAGAGUUGAGGAUCAUCGUGAGCAGUGCAACUCUGGACGCGGAGACGUUUGCAGACUUCUUCCGAGGUGUAGACUCUUCCGAGGAUCAGUCCAGAGUCGUUAGUAUCGAGGGCCGAACAUAUCCAGUCGAUAUCAUGUUCCUAGAACAGCCCACAGAAGACUAUGUCGAGCGUGCUGUUCAAACAGCUUUCACGAUUCAUCAACAAGAACCACCGGGAGAUAUCUUGAUCUUCCUGACUGGUCGAGAAGAGAUUGAGACCGCAAUGGAAAGGUUAUCAGAUCUAGCCUCGACACUUCACCCUCAAGCCCCAUCAUUACAGCCAUUACCACUCUAUGCAGGAUUGAGUACAGAUGAACAAAUGUAUGUCUUUGCUGAAGCGGCUGAGAACACUCGAAAGAUCAUCUUGAGUACCAAUAUUGCAGAGGCGUCCGUCACAAUAUCAGGGGUCGUCUAUGUUAUUGACUGCGGAUUCGUCAAGCUUCGAACCUUCAAUCCAAUCACAAACAUCGAAACACUCACCCCCUUUCCUACAUCAAAAGCCUCAGCAAUCCAGCGUGCGGGUCGUGCGGGUCGCACACAGCCAGGAAAAUGCUUUCGUAUGUAUACACAACAAGCAUACAAUUCUUUACAGUCAACGACAAGCCCGGAAAUACAGCGAUCAAAUCUUGCACCAAUUGCUCUUCAACUCAAAGCCUUGGGUAUUGAUAAUGUGGUCCGUUUCGAUUUCCUCUCACCACCACCUGCUCAAUUGAUGGUCCGCGCCUUUGAUCUACUAUACUCCCUAGGAGCUGUGGAUGAUUAUGCGAAGCUCACUUCUCCGCUCGGAACUCGCAUGGCCGAGCUAUCCAUUCCACCCAUGAUGGCCAAAUGCCUCUUGGCCUCAUCCGACUCCAAGUUUAAUUGUCAAAGUGAAAUACUUACCAUUUCAGCCAUGACAUCUCUUCAAGGAAACAUAUGGUUUCAUCACAGUGGCGAGAAGAAAGCCAUGGACCUAUCUCGUCGAAAAUUUGCAGCUGAAGAAGGCGAUCAUCUCACGCUCCUGAAUGUUUAUCAAUCAUUCAUCACGAAAGGGAGGAAAGAGGCAAAAUGGUGUCACGAAAAUCACCUCAAUUUCAAAUCAAUCUCCCGGGCAGUCAGUAUUCGGAACCAACUCCGCCGGUAUCUCGAGCGACUUGGAGUCAAAGUUGAUGAGACAUUAUCGUCGUCCUCAUCGAAUCCACCUUACCUGACAACCAAACCACCCACUGCACCAGCAGACAAAGCCACCACCAUACUCCAAUGCCUCACCUCUGGAUUCUUCUCCCAUGCUGCAAAGAUGCAACCGGAUGGGAGUUUUCGAUCCGUCUCGGGUGAUGUUACUAUGUACGCGCAUCCAACGAGCCUCAUGUUCAACCGGAAAGCACAGUACGUGAUCUUCCACGAGCUACUGGAAACUGGCGAAAAAGUGUACAUCAAAGAUAUUAGCAAGGUCGAAAAGUCGUGGCUGGUGGAUUUCAGCGGUGGCUUUUACAACAUGAAGAGCUAG